AUGAAGAUAUUUACAAAUUUCUUCAAUUCCUCUCCUUCAUCCACUCAUCUCCAGAAGAAAAGCGCGAACUGCAAGUCCAAGGAGAGGCCUACGUCCCCAUCCGACGCGCUGUCGUCCGCGUCGAGCAACUCCCCAAUCUCCAGCGGUUCCUUCGGCAAGUGCACCGCCGCCCCGCCGACCCCACCUUCGGUCAUCCUUCGCCCUCACCCAGACGACUGGUCCGCCCCCACAGAGCUCCGUCCCAAGAUCACGAAGGAGGAGUGGGAGCUUGUGCUCAGGCUGUUGGGAAACUCCGGCCACCUGGCCGCAGAGGAGGCAGCUGCGAUAUUGCACGAGGCCAACGGCGAUGGCGACUGUGGCAUAAACCUAAGCAAUUUUGGGGCGCUUGGGUCCUCGACCGGUGGGGAAGGUUCCGUGGAGGAGGAGCUGAAGGGUGCCUUCAGAGUCUUCGACUCCGAUGGUGACGGGAGGAUAUCGGCGGAGGAGCUGCUGGGAGUCUUCCUCACCCUGGGUGACGAUGGGUGUACUCUGGAGGACUGCCGCCGGAUGAUUGGCGGAGUCACCUCCCGUGACGACGGAUUCGUCUGCUUCGACGACUUCGUUCGCAUGAUGUCCGGCCAGAUAGGUCUGUGA